AUGUCUGAGGUUUCUCAAUUCCCAGCUGGUCUUAGGGUCCUUGCAAUUGAUCAUGACCCCUCAGUUCUUGAAUUCACUAAGCAAAUAUGUAGUCAACUCAAAUAUCACGUUGUCACAUGCACCGAAUCUCCAUUUGCUUUGAAUCUUGUGAGGGAAAUAAAGACUUGCAUCGAUGUGAUACUCAUGGAGCUUCACAUGCCAAACAUGGAUGGCCAUGAAUUCCUUCAACAUGCCAAGAAGGAUAUUCGAAUUCCUGUUAUCGUGAUGUCUGCUGACAAUGCUGAGGAUUCCGUGACGAAGGCUGUGAGAAAUGGGGCUUGUGAUUAUUGGAAUAAGCCUUUGCAUGUGAAUCAGUUCAGGAACAUGUGGAUACAUGCAGCUAGGAAAGCCUUUAGUGAAAACAAGAAUUUUGUCACAUUGGAGAAUAAUAAUUCUGAAUUUGGUUCUUCUACUGUUAUUGAAGCCACAGAAAUAUUUAGAGACCAAAACAAUAGCAGUUCAAGAGAAUCCGAUGAAUCGGAACAUUCUUGUCAACCCCCAGCAAAAAAGCCACGUGUAAUAUGGACACCAACGCUGCAUCGUGAAUUUCUCAAGGCAGUGAAGCAAAUUGGGGAUGAUAAAGCUGUGCCAAAGAAAAUUCUUGAAGUGAUGAAUAUCCCUGGUUUGACAAGAGAUCACGUUGCUAGUCAUUUGCAGAAAUAUAAGCGGCAUAUGAAGAGUACAUCUAAUGGGGCAACACAGCAACAGAAUGAGAUGAAGAAUACAUCUAAUGGAGCAACACAGCAACAGAAUGAGAUGAAGAGUACAUCUAAUGGAACAACACAGCAACAGAAUGAGGUGAAGAGUACAUCUAAUGAGAUGGCAUUGCCAAACACAGAAUCUGGUGCACUUGUGAGAGUGGACACAUUGACAACCCUUGAUACAGAAAAAGAGGCUAACCAUUCCAAUCAAGAACAAGGUUUGACACAUUUUCAUCCUUCUAACAUUGCCAUUGUCAACAAUUUCUCUCAGCCAAUCAUGGAUCCAUCUAUAUAUGGAGUGUUCAAGGAUACAUUGCAGCAACAGCAGCAGAAGACAAUGAUGCAUCAUCAAAUUAGUCCUAUCAAUAUUCAGCCAUCUUUUGCCACCCAGAAUAUUAAUAAUGCUUUAGUAUCACAUCAAACUAUUGAUGCAAACAACUUAGGUUUCACAAGUGGUGAUAUGAGAUCUUUGUCUGCACCAGGGUCAGAAGCACUAGUUCCCUAUGGUUCACAAUCUGGUGACUUAAUUUAUGAUCAAGAGUAA